UUCAAGGGGUUCCAGCUUCACAUUAUGUCUGCAUAAUUUAUACCAUGUCACCAGAUUGAAUGUUUUUGAGUUGAAAUGUGAUGUGGAUUGCUAGGAAUAUAAAGAGUCGGUCGGCUUAAUUAAUCCAGUGUAAAAUUUUGUAAAGAAACAAAUGGCUUCUCGAUUCCAAGGUGUCGAACAAGGCCCCCCGAUAGAGGUGUUUUUGUUAAACAGACUUUUUACUGAGGAUACUUUUCAAAAUAAAGUUAAUUUAGGAGUUGGAGCAUACAGAGAUGAAAAUGGAAAACCAUGGGUACUGCCCAUCGUUCGUAAGAUGGAAAAACAGCUGGCAGCAGAUGAAACCUUACUGCAUGAAUACCUUCCCGUGUUAGGUCUGGAGCAGUUUUGUAAUGCGUCUGUGGCUAUGCUCCUUGGUGAGGAUAGUCCUGCCAUCGCCGCUGGAAAAGCUUUCGGUGUGCAAGUCUUGUCCGGGACUGGUGGUCUGCGCGUCGGCGCCGAGUUCCUCAACAAGCAUCUUAAAUAUGAUACAUUCUACUACUCCACACCUACAUGGGAGAAUCAUCACCUAGUAUUCGUGAACUCUGGUUUCACGAAGCCUCGCUCGUACCGCUACUGGGACCCGAAGACCAGGGGCAUAGACUUCGACGGUUUCAUCGAAGACCUCAAGAGCGCUCCGGAGAAUGCCGUCAUACUGCUGCACGCAUGCGCCCACAAUCCCACAGGCAUAGACCCCACCAGGGAACAGUGGAUGAAAAUAGCUGAUGUUAUGGAGGAGCGCAAGUUGUUCCCGUUCUUCGACAGCGCGUACCAAGGGUUCGCGUCGGGCGACUUGGACGGAGACGCGUGGGCGGUGCGGUACUUCGUCAGUCGCGGCUUCGAACUCGUCUGCGCUCAGUCCUAUGCCAAGAAUUUCGGACUUUACAAUGAACGCGUUGGCAACCUAGCGGUGGUAUUGAACGAGUCUGCGCACGUUGCUCGCAUAAAGUCCCAGAUGACGUGGAUCGUGCGAGGGAUGUACUCCAACCCGCCAGCGCACGGGGCCCACGUCGUGGCCGCCGUGCUCACUAACAAGCAGCUCUUCGACGAGUGGAGGGACCACAUCAAACUCAUGUCUACGAGGGUCAUGCAGAUGAGAGAAGCUCUGAGGUCUGAGCUCGUGAAACUGGGAACUCCCGGCAACUGGGACCACAUAGUGAAGCAGAUUGGGCUAUUCUCGUACACGGGUCUGAACCAGCGCCAGUGCGAGUACUUGAUACAGGAGUACCACAUCUAUCUGCUGAAGUCCGGUCGCAUCAACAUCUGCGGGCUGAACCCGGGAAACGUGCAGUACGUGGCUAAAGCCAUCAACGACGCGGUCACCAAGUUCCCUGACGAUCAGUAAAUGUUUUUUUUUUUUUUUGGUAGCUCACUGAUAUAUAUUUGUAAAACCUGAUGUCAUAUAUAUGUAUAUAUAACAUAUAUUGAGGCAUGAAAGGUUAUUUACUUUAACCGACAUUUCGCUUGAUACUAAUCUCAUACUCCAAGAAUGGAGCAAACAAAAAAAAACAUCUUCAGCUAGUUUCUACUAGUUUUUUUUUGUUAUGAUAUUUAUUUAAAAUUUUAAACUUUAAAUGGCCCUAAGUAAUGUUGCAAAAAUGUCCCUUAAACUCAAAUAGCCUAUCACUCUUCAAUAUAUUAUAAUGACUAUUAAAGAUAAAAUUGGAUUUUCGUAUUAGAUAAUAUCACGGUAUAGAAUAUAUUUUAGAGAUCACAAAUUAGAUGCUGUUUAGGAAAAAAUAUAUGACAAUCAAAUCAAGAUGUCUAAAAGCAAGACGUCGAAGCUAUCAGAGAACUUUUUUUUUUUAGUUUAAGGCCUGGUAUAUAGUCCUUUAGGCCAAGAGAACUAUAUAAAUGACGUCAGGGGUUGCCAACAAAUACGACACGCAUAUAAUGAAACGAACCAAAUUAUUUAUUUUUAAUAAGUAGCAGCUUACAUUUUGUAGAUCGCAUUUAUAAUAUUUUUAGUAAAAAUAUAUCGUUAAAAACGUAUAUAUUUAUUUUUGUAAGCAACUAAAUCUCAUAUGACAUGACUGCAUGCAUAAUUAUUUAUAUUUUUUAAAAUUUUAUGCAUUACAGAAGCAAUGUAUCGAUAGUUCAAUUAAUAUUUUUGUACAUAAUUAUUAAAAAUAUUCUGGCUGUGAAGUAUAAAAUUAAAAAGUUACAAUUUGUAUUCAAAGAAAUUUUCAGUUUUAUCGAAUAAAAUAUUGUUAAUUCUGAACUAAAAAAGUCUUUUAUCAAGCUAAUAAGAUUAUCUUUUGUUACACUUUUGUGUAGAGAUCAAGCUCAAGAACAAUAUUUAUUUCUAACGAAGACCAAUGUAAUAUU